CCGGCAGGUCCCGCACUCACGGGCGCAGUGUCCCGGCCCCGUGUCUCUGCACGGGACGUGGAACCCGGGGAAGUUGCCCCCGUCCCGCGAGAUCUGAGUUUCCCUUAGGGAUGUCAGGAGCACUUUAAAGAUUUGUAAAUGUGGAGAAGAGACAGUAGAUCGUUAACCCCCUCCCAGGAGUCCAGCAUGGACGAAUUUAAAGAUGCAAGCCCACCUGUGGAGUCACUGAAUCGCCUGGAGCUGUCAGAUCAGAAAGCUCCAGAGACUGGCCCCAGAGAUGCCCAGGAUCCCACAGAGGAGUGUUUCCAUGACUGUCACGACUCCUUUGAGGCCAAAGGAGCUGUGCUGGAUGCUGAAGGGAACGUUCAGGAUGACGGGAGUAGCUGCAGGAAGCAGACAGAGCUAGAUGAAGAAUACUUGCUAGAACUAGAGAAGGAUAUGCCAGAGGAGGAGAAACAGAAAAGAAGAAAGGAGAGCACGGGGCUGAAGGAGAAAGGAAAUGAGCACUUCAAGAAAGGAGACUAUGGAGAGGCAGAAGACUCCUACACCAAGGCUCUGCAGAUCUGCCCAGCCUGCUUCCAGAAGGACAGGGCUGUUCUGUUCUCAAACAGAGCUGCUGCAAAAAUGAAACAGGACAAGACAGAGGCUGCCCUGAGUGACUGCACCAAAGCUGUGGAAUUAGACCCUCACUAUAUCAGAGCUUUGCUGAGGAGAGCAGAACUCUACGAAAAAACAGAAAAAUUAGAUGAAGCUCUGGAAGAUUAUAAGGCAGUCCUAGAAAAAGACCCCUCAGUUCAUCAAGCCAGAGAAGCUUGCAUGAGAUUACCACAGCAAAUUGAGGAGAGGAAUGAAAAAUUAAAAAAAGAAAUGUUGGGCAAACUGAAGGAUCUGGGCAAUUUGGUCCUGCGCCCCUUUGGCCUGUCAACAGAGAACUUCCAGAUCAAACAGGAUUCAUCCACUGGCUCCUACUCCAUCAACUUUGUUCAAAACCCCAACAACAACAGAUAACAUGGAUUCAGUGUGGCUCUGCACAUCCCAUGCCAGGAUCCAGCAAACCAACACCCCUCCUCCCCCAGGGCAAGAGGAGACUCAGCAAACUCAUCUCCCAGCUUGUGAAAUUAUUUGCAAUGUGGGUGUAAAGCAACUCACUCAACUUCUCAUAGUGAUAACUGUGUCCAGUGUGUGAUUUAUUCUUUUUUUUUAAUUUAUUUUUUCCCCUUCCCUUGCGGUGUUUGGCUUUUCCAAGAGGCAGUUCCUUGGUUUGGCCCACUCAGAGCUGGCAGCAGCAGCUCAGGGGAAUCCAAAGGCUGGAACAAAGGCUGGUGGUGUCCUGGGAAUGGGGAGAUGCAGCAGCAGCACUGCCCCACCUUAGCUGGGUGGGACUGGCCCCCCUGGACACAGCUCUGCCCUGGAAUCAUGGAUCUCCUAAUAAAGGCUUGGUACUUCUG